CCUCUUCUUUAAAAGCUGUAGAGUCUCAAAGGCCAAAGAGCAGCUCAAUAUCUGAAGUAGUUUCUCCCAGAGGUGUGCUGCAGUGAUGGAUGGAGGAAAGAAAAGCAACAAGAGCUUCUCAUCGUCUCCAGUUUCUCUCCAGCAAUUUCUUUCCAUCAUGACUCCUCUCAUCGACAUGGAAAAGGAAGCUGAAAUAUCAGCAUCCAUAAGUUCAGGCUCGUCAAGGAACUUGGAUACAGCUCAGAAGAGAGGCUCCACAAUUCUUAAUCUGAAAUGCACAAAUGCUGAGACAGGGCUGAUGGGGAAAGCUCUUCUUGAGUUUCAAUCUACCAAGGGAGAUGUACUUCCUGCCCACAAGUUUGGACCUCAUGAUGUAGUUGUUCUAAAACCCAACAAGGCUGAGUUAGGAUCCGCUUCCCUUGGACAAGGUGUGGUUUAUCGUCUAAAGGACUCUUCCAUCACCGUUGCCUUUGAUGAUAUUCCGGAGGAUGGUUUGAACAACCCGCUUCGCCUUGAAAAGGUUGCAAAUGAGGUUACUUAUCGUAGGAUGAAGGAUGCCUUAGUACAACUAAGUAAGGGUGUUCAGAAAGGACCUGCUGCAGAUUUGAUUCCUGUAUUAUUUGGAGAGAAGUGCCCGACCGUGUCAAAGAAGGCUGUAUCAUUUGCAUCAUUUAACUCCAACCUUGACCAUUCUCAGAAAGGUGCCAUAACGAAGGCCCUGUCAUCCCAGGACAUUUUUUUGCUGCACGGUCCUCCAGGAACUGGAAAGACGACAACUGUGGUGGAAAUUAUCUUGCAGGAAGUGAAACGCGGAUCAAAGAUUCUAGCAUGUGCUGCUUCUAAUAUUGCUGUCGACAACAUUGUCGAAAGACUGUUUCCAUACAAGGUGAAGUUGGUGAGAUUGGGUCAUCCUGCACGUUUACUUCCUCAGGUAUUGGAGAGCGCACUUGACGCACAGGUUCUGCGAGGGGAUAAUAGUGCUCUUGCAAAUGACAUUCGCAAAGAAAUGAAGGUUCUGAAUGGGAAGCUACUGAAAACCAAAGAUCGAAAUACAAAAAGGGACAUCAGGAAGGAGCUUAGAACCCUUGCCAAGGAGGAGAGGAAGAGGCAGCAGCUGGCAAUCACAGAUGUAAUAAAGAAUGCGGAUGUGGUUUUGACAACUUUGACAGGUGCAUCUUCCCACAAACUGGAAGGAACUACAUUUGAUUUGGUGAUUAUUGAUGAAGCUGCUCAGGCACUCGAGGUUGCAUGCUGGAUGGCUUUGUUGAAGGGAUCAAGAUGUAUACUUGCAGGCGACCAUCUUCAGCUUCCCCCGACUAUACAGAGUGUUGAAGCUGAGAGGAAGGGCCUUGGAAAAACCCUCUUUGAGCGGCUUGCAAGCUUGUAUGGGGAUGAAGUGAUGGCCAUGCUCACAGUCCAGUAUCGCAUGCAUGAGCUUAUUAUGGACUGGUCAUCUAAAGAGCUAUAUGAUAGUAAGAUCAAAGCGCAUCCAAGUGUAGCUGGGCAUAUGCUCUACGACCUUGAAGCUGUACAAAAGUCAUCUUCAACAGAACCAACCCUCAUUCUCAUUGACAUAGCAGGGUGCGACAUGGAAGAAAAGAAGGAUGAAGAAGACAGCACUAUGAAUGAAGGUGAGGCAGCCGUUGCUAUAGCCCAUGCUAAGAGACUGGUUGAGAGUGGUGUCCUUUCAUCAGACAUUGGAAUUAUAACCCCUUAUGCUGCACAGGUUGUCUUGCUAAGGAUGAUGAGAAGCAAAGAAGACAAGCUCAAGGAGAUGGAGAUAUCUACGGUCGAUGGCUUCCAAGGUCGAGAGAAAGAGGCCAUUAUCAUUUCCAUGGUCCGAUCCAACUCAAAGAAAGAGGUGGGUUUUUUAAGGGAACGCAGGCGAAUGAAUGUGGCCGUGACACGUGCUAGGAGGCAGUGCUGCAUUGUGUGCGACACUGAAACUGUAAGUCAUGAUGCUUUCUUGAAACGCUUGGUUGAGUAUUUCGAGGAGCAUGGUGAGUAUUUGAGUGCAUCAGAGUUUGGAUAUGAAUAAAUGGUAUUGUUAGCAAAGGAAAUCUCUAUGACUAAAAUUUUUGCUUGGCGGGUGAGCUAGAAUCAAGCUGGCUGCCCUUACAGGCUAACACUAGGCUUGUUCCUGAAUAAUUUUAUUACAUUACCAAAGCUCUUCUUUUAUAGGGAUUUGUAAGUUACUGUGUUCACUCAGUUCAAGUGUACAAGGAAAAUUUUAAGUAAACUGCUUGUUUCA